CUCUUCCACGGCCCUCCUCUAGCUUGAUGAGUUUGUUGUGCCCAUGGCAAAGUUGCGCUCUCCCUCCCUCACAACAACUAUCGCAAAGGAGAAACCUCUUCUGGGAAUCACUAUCCAGGGAAAAUUCCGGUAAAUUGGCCGGAUCCUGCCGCAUACGAUGGAUUCACCCUACUCGAAAGAGUUGAAGAUUGCAUUUGAAACCAUCCAGCAAGCCGCACAACUCAGCCAGUUUGUCCUGUCCCAGGCUGGUGAAAAUGACGCCCACGACUUGGGGGUUGUCUCCAAAGACGACUUGAGUCCUGUGACCAUUGCAGACUUCGCCAUUCAAGCUCUGCUUACCAGCACCUUGCACGCCCAUUUUCCAGGUGACAAGUUCGUCGGCGAAGAGUCAGCAGCUCAGCUAAGGGCCAACCCUGCCUUGCUAGACCGUGUGCAGGCUGCGCUGCAGCACAUCCAGAGCCAGGUUCAGGAUGAGCCUGCCUCUCUGGUGAGGUUCCCGAGCUCGCCUGAGGAGAUGUGCACAAUGAUCGACUGGUGCGGCACGGGAACACCCGACGUUGGGGGCAGGGUCUGGGUGUUCGACCCAAUCGACGGCACAGAAAACUUUGUCAAGAACCUGGUUUAUGCCAUCAACAUCGGCCUUCUGGAAGAUGGCAGGCAGGUAUUGUCCGCUAUAGGAUGCCCCAACCUGUCAAUGGAUGUCAAGUCGCCUGCUUCGGACAGCUCUUUGGAUCCUUCGGGCGAGGGUAGCAUCGUGUUCGCCGUGCGAGGCCACGGUGCCUUCAUCCGGAAGCUUCCCGGUCUGUAUCAAAGCGCGUCCAUACGCCGUCUGCCCCGGCACGCAGAGCAAGCCAGCGACCUACGAUCUGUGACGUGCCUCAACACGAGCGGCGUGCCAGCGGUCCACGAGUCUGCGGCCAGAGAGCUCGGGAUCGAGUAUCCGGGAAGCACCCUUCUGCCCUGGGUGCUCCGUUACGUGCUCCUCGCACUUGAUGUCGGAAACACGACGUUCUGGGCGUACAAAUCGAGAUCGAGACUUGCAAAAGUCUGGGACCAUGCCGGUGCUAUGCUCGUGUUCGAGGAAGUAGGAGGCAAGAUUACCGAUGUUGAUGGGAAGGACAUCAUAUGGACUGCAGGCAGGCAGAUGGUCUCGAAUUACGGCAUCGUGGCUGCCCCGAGCAACCUACACGGGCGCGUUUUGGCCGCGCUCCGUGGAGCUCUGAAGGAUUUGAAGCCCGAUUUGCUGGAAGCUCCAAAUUGAUCAGCCAUAUUUGAUCCCGAUGAACCGUGCCUGCAAAGAAGAAGGCGGCGCUGACGGCUCCAGGACACGGGUGCACAAGAGGUCCAACCGUGCAGAACUGUAAGCUCUGCAGGACCUGGUAAUGGAGUGUCUGCGUUGGUAUUUCAAUCCGAAGAGCAGCCCCGUAGCGAGUCGUGCAAGACGUUUGUGCUCGCUGGAGGAACGCAGCUUCUAAAUAAGGCUGUGAAGACCACUCGGGUCUCCAAACCCAAGUGCUGUCUUUGGUUAACAACGCCAUUGACAAAGCUUGCGGGGCUGGAUAAGCACAUAGAGACAUCGAAGUUGGAUGACCCGGCUUGGCGCUUCUCAACACUUGGACACGAGGUUGCCAGCAUCCAGCUCAGGCAUCACCUCAACCAUGGGGAACUUGGCCAAAAUGCCCGUCAUCUGAAACUGGUAGAUCCAGGACAUGAAACCAAGACUUGUUACUGCAUAUACAUCGCCAAUCCAACCAUCAUCAGCCUUGUUAGACUCAACACACUGGUCCCAAGAUUUCCGGUGGAAAUCUUUAUGCUCGGUCUGUGUCUCACGUCGCGUCAGCCCGCCCACAUGCCUUUCUGCCCUGGUCGAGUGUCUAAAAGCUAGUGGGAAGCCGCUCUCACGGUAUCGCCGUCCAUUGCGCGUGUUGUGCUUUGCACGAUGCCAUUGACUUGGGACUACUCUUGAUGCCUAAUCGCCAGGAUUUGAGGCAGCCGAGGGGCCGCACACCUCGGUAGGUCGUUGCCCGGCACUACUCUGGUGCCUGCCUUGAGUCGGAGUGAUUCUGAAAAUCUCAGGUACGCAAGUUUGGCAUCUCUGGUAUUAUGACCUUCCAAUUUGUAGCAAGGCUCACAUUGGCGAUGCCCAAAGUUGAACACAUAAGAUCAUGGCACCCCGACAUAUGAGAACCUCGUGGCUCAAGUUGCGAGACGGUAUCAUGAUUGAUUCACUCAGGCCGGCGCGAGUCUCGGCGGUGCUAAUUGCGAGGCCGCGAUGACUCGGCUGAAGGAGCCAUGACGGACUAAUUAGAUGACUGAAGUAAGAAGACGCGCUUGCAUUGAUGGGGUCUGAGGUCGAUGUUGUUGAAGGCAGCCUCUCUGCAGGACAGGGCUCACAAACCGUACGACACUUGUAAUCAGCCAGGAUGAAGCUGCGGCCUGGUGUCCUUUAGUUUGUAUGAACGAGCACCUGUAUAUGUAUACCUAGAGAUAACUUGCUUCCAAGGUUGCUUCCAAGGUUCGCC